AUGGGGAACACCAAGACCAUUCGCGUCCCCCAUCUUGGAGGCAUCGAUGCAGCGUAUCAAAUGCCUCGGGACUAUGAUCCUGCAAAGCCGACCGUUGUCUUGGUGAAUGCGUUUACCACGUCUUCCGAACUUUACCGCGACCAGUUUGACCAUGCAGAAUUGGCCGACCAGAUGAAUCUCGUUGCGAUCGAGCUCCUGGGCCAUGGUCAGACCCGCACGACCCGGGAACAUUGGACUUAUUGGGACGCCGCCGAGAUGAAUCUGCAGGUCUUGGAUGCCCUCAACAUUGAGCGUGCAUUCGUCCUGGGAACCAGCCAGGGUGGUUGGGUGACGGUACAGAUGGCUUUGCUGCGACCCGAACGGAUUCUGGGAAUCAUUCCCAUGGGCACCUCGAUGGACAGUGAAUCGGAACGUACCCGCCAGCUGGAUUGCUGGGAUGGUCCGGCCAUCGUAUCAGGAUUUGUGAAACAGUGGGCCCACAGCGAGGCUCUGUCCACCUUUGAGCCCGACGAUGCGUACUGCGAUGCAGUCAUCAACAUUGGGCUCAACCAAGUUGCGCCAGAGGUGCGCGCGUUCUGGCACCGGACGAUCAAGUCCAACUAUCAGGGAGAGGAGGGCCGUCGACGGAUCCGCAUGGCGGCGAUCAAUUUGGCCGAGCGCGGAGGAUUGCAUCUUCGACUCGCCGACAUCCAGUGCCCGGUAUUGUGGUUGCAUGGUACCAAGGAUGCCGUGUAUACCAUCGCGAAUGCGAAAGAAGAAAUCCGACUGUUUAUCAGCUCUCCGUCCGCGCAGUUGGUCCCGAUCGAGGGGGGAGCGCACUUCCUGAACGCGUCACACCAUCGCGAGGUGAAUGCCGCCCUGUUGGAGUUUGUGAAACAGCACGCAUGA